AUGAGGCAUUUGUUUUGUACCCGGCUGCCGUUUGUGCUGCAUCGAUCGAUCGCGCCUCGUUUUUCUUCGACGAACCGCGCACCUGCUGGCUUCGUCGUUGCUCCUCAGUCUGAGAGACGUCGUCCGUCUAUCCGAAGACGGGAGAACGGUUGUGAAGAGUUCGUUCGUUGUUCGUCGACCAUUGGUCUGAAGAUGUUGAACAUGACCGUCGUCGAGGCUACAUCGAGCAGCUGA